CCCAACCCAGCUGUACCAGCAUGUGCCAGAGUCACGCUGGCCCAUCGUGUACUCACCGCGCUACAACAUAACCUUCCUGGGGCUGGAGAAACUGCACCCCUUUGAUGCAGGAAAAUGGGGCAAAGUGAUCAGCUUCCUGAAAGAAGAGAAACUUCUAUCAGACAGCAUGCUGGUGGAGGCACGGGAGGCCUCGGACGAAGACCUGCUGGUGGUGCACACGAGACGCUAUCUCAACGAGCUGAAGAGGAAGGUGCUGAAGCCCCUCCGGACCCAGACGGGAGGAACCAUAAUGGCGGGGAAGCUGGCUGUGGAGCGAGGCUGGGCCAUCAACAUAGGCGGCGGCUUCCACCACUGCUCCAGCGACCGGGGCGGGGGCUUCUGCGCCUACGCAGACAUCACGCUCGCCAUCAAGUUUCUGUUUGAGCGAGUGGAGGGUGUCUCCAGAGCCACCAUCGUUGAUCUCGAUGCCCAUCAGGGCAACGGGCACGAGCGGGACUUCAUGGGCGACAAGCGCGUGUACAUCAUGGACGUCUACAACCGCCACAUCUACCCCGGGGACCGCUUUGCCAAGCAGGCCAUCAGGCGGAAGGUGGAGCUGGAGUGGGGCACGGAGGAUGAUGAGUACCUGAGGAAGGUGGAGAGGAACCUGGAGAAAGCCCUCCAGGAGCAUCAGCCCGACGUGGUGGUGUACAACGCGGGCACUGACGUCCUUGAGGGGGACCGCCUCGGGGGGCUGUCCAUCAGUCCGCAGGGUGUCGUGAAGCGGGAUGAGCUGGUGUUCCGGCUGGUCCGAGGCCACCAGGUGCCCAUCCUCAUGGUGACCUCGGGCGGGUACCAGAAGCGUACAGCCCGCAUCAUUGCCGACUCCAUCCUUAAUUUGUAUGGCCAGGGGCUCAUCGGGCCCCAGUCAGCCAACGUCUCAGCACAGAACUCAGACACACCCCUGCUGCCCCUGGAGGUGCCCUGACCACACUGCCCUCUGAGUGGCUCCCUGCCUGCCGCCCACCCGCCCGCCCGCCCACCUGCCCCUCAGUGCUUCUCCUUUUCCAA